UAAGCCUGCCUCUUGAUUGAGAGAGAUAGAGAGGGAAGAGGGUGUGGCGGCAGCGGCCAUGUCCCUGAUGCGUUUCAGAAUCGGAAGCGCUUGCCAUUCUUUGCAUCUUCGUCAACUAUGUACAUCCACAUCCAAAUCCGAUAACACCCACCACCUCCUUAUCUCUGCCUUCAACAAAGACACAUUCCAACAACACUUCUUCUCCAUCCCAAUAAUCCAUCAUCCACUCUCUUUGGGAUCCAAACCCACCUCACUCCUCACGCUUACACUCCCUUCCUCCCAUCCCAAAGGUCUCAACACUUCUCAAUAUCUCAACCCUUUUUUUCUCCUUCACCGCCAUGACUAUCCCCAUUCCAAUCACGCCCCUAUUCUCACCUAUAACCCCACCACCCAACAAACUCUAACUCUUCCUCAUUCACUCACCUCUGAAACUGAAACAGAUACCACUUUGUACGCUGAAACACAUUUUGGCUUCGACCCUUUAACCAACACUCACAAAGUGUUACGUGCUGAAUGGACAGUUGCUAUUCCAGAAUCAAAUCCGAGAGUUAGUCAAAUGGUGUGCACGGUUUUUACACUAGGCUGCAGAAGCAACGGUUCGUGGAGAAAGGUAAAGAUAAACCCUGAGUUGCCUUUUCAUUCUACUAAGUAUAUGAGUUCUGGGAAAAGUGUUUGUAUUAAUGGUGCAAUACAUUGGGUAACACAGUUUGGGAAUUACAUUGUCGCUUUUGAUCUCAAAGAUGAGAACUUUAGACUAAUUCCACUUCCCCAUAACUACAAAGCUGAAAACUUUAAACCUUUACAUUUUGAAUUUAAUCGAUUAAUUGAACUUGGUGGGUGCUUGGCUUUGGUAGAUUACAAAUAUAGUGGUGACAUAUAUCGUGGUGAUGAAUACAUAUGCCAGUUCUGGAUACUAAAGGAUUACCACAAUCAUGUGUGGGUUGAGGAGAAAAUUAGCGUUCCAUUUGAUUUUAGAAUAAACAUAUACGGUAAACCUAUUCCAAUUGGGACUAUUCCCACGGGGGAGAUAUUGCUAGAGCCAUUUUCUUGGUAUGUGUCGUGUAAGGACUACCCUGCGUGUCUGCUUUUCUAUGAUAUGGAGGGACAAGGUUUCAAGAAGGUUGAUGUCACUGGCUUGCCUAAAUGGGUUUAUAAUGGUCGUCAUUCAAUUAUCAGAGCCAUUUCUGUUUAUGAGGGUGCCUCAAAUUCGAUAUUUGCGUGAGGGCAGUGAAGAGUAGAGUAUGGUACUUUUUUUUUUGGGGGUAAUAGGCCAUUCUAGAUGUUUGAUGUAAUGUAGGGUGUUUUUAUUCUGCUUUUCCUUAGCUUUGGAGAUGUGUUCUUGUGUUGGUUUAGUAGAAUUUAUAACUAAAUUAGCUAUGUCUACUUAGAGGGCAAGUUUCUCCAUGGAUAACAAAGUGAAUUGAUGUUGUCAAUGGCAUACAACAACAUCACUCAUCAAG